UCACGCAGCAGUUGUGUGGAUCUGUAGUGCUCAUGUUCAUGACGUCUGUAUGCACUGCUUUUAUAACUGAAGGCAAAGCCACUCAUUAGUCUGGACACAGUGGAUGGUUAUGAUUGGUUUUAGGGUCUUUGUCUGUGAUUGGUUGAGGUUGGUUGGCCACCAUAACUCAUUGGCUAAGCUUUUGAAGUCCUUUAAACCCGUGAAUGAAUUUCCUCAUUAGUUGUCCAACACGUUUCUGUUGGCCAAAAGAGUCCUGCUGAGACAAAGCCCUUCUCAUGGGCUCUGGCUCUCUCUGCCUCUUUCUCACACACUCUAAACGUUCACACUGAGCUUUUGGGCUUUUCAUUCACUGCGUGAACUCUGAACACUUGAUUUCUCAAAUCUGAUGUUUCCACUGCAGCUUUUUGCAGCUUGACGCUUAACUUUUCUGAGCGGUGUAAAGCUCAGGUCUCAUCAUCUUUGUUUGAAGAACAUGGACACUGUGUUAUUUUCUCGGUUGUUUAUCAUGUUGUAAUGGAACAGCACGGACACUCGAUGCUCAGAUCAAAACUCAACACACCUGAGUGAAUGAACACCUCGUGACUGUCUGCUGGCUCAAUGAUUUCUCCAAUGGACAUCAUUCUCAACCUGAUAACGCCAGAGUCCUCGCCAUCCACCUCGCCCUCCAACACCAUCGAGAGGCUGGAGGGCGGUCUGGCGGCGUCCUACGGGGCGGACGGUUCACUGCUGGGCUCGGAGGACGCCGGUCUGGACCCCCAGCGCACACGGCAGGCCAUCGCACAGCUGCAGCAGAAGAUCCUGAAGCUGACGGAGCAGCUGCGUAUCGAGCAGGCGGCCCGCGACGAGAAUGUGGCCGAGUACCUCAAACUGGCCAGCAAUGCCAACGACAAACAGCAGAGCUCCCGCAUCAAACAGGUGUUUGAGAAGAAGAACCAGAAGGCGGCGGCGAGCAUCGCCCAGCUGCAGCGUAAGCUGGAGCAUUACCACCGGCGUCUGCGUGAGGUGGAGCACAGCGGCGUGCAGCGGCAGCCCAAAGACAUGCUGCGGGACAUGCAGCAGGGCCUGCGAGAUGUGGGCGCCAGGGUCAUCACGGGCCUCAGCGAGGGAGUGGUGGACAGUGUCAAGGGCGGACUGUCCAGUUUCUCCCAUGUCACGCACUCGGCCGCCGGGGCAGUGGCCUCCAAACCUCGCGAGAUCGCCUCCCUGAUCCGCCACCGCUUCGGCAGUGCCGAUAACAUCAGCGUGCUGAAGGACGGGACGGAGGAUGCUGAGGACGGUGUGGCCGCUGCCGGACGCUCUCUGGGAUCCGCCGGCGGACACCUGCAGUCCAGCCCAAAGUUUGGCAGCGAUGAGGACUGUUCGAGCACCACCUCGGGAUCGGUGGGAGCCAACAGCGUGACGGGGGCCCCCGGGGGCCCGCCCAGCUCCAGAGGAAACACACUAGAACGGGGCCACAGCGGCAGCCUGGACAUGUUACUGCAGGAGCUGCAGGAGCUGCGAGAUGCUCAGACACGACUGGAGGAGACGGUGGAGAGUCUGAAGAGCGGCUGUCUGAAGGAGUGCACACUACUGAUGCAGGCGCUGCAGGAGGAGCGCUUCAGGUGUGAGCGCUUAGAGGAACAAGUCAACGAUCUGACGGAGCUCCACCAGAACGAGAUCCUGAACCUGAAACAAGAGCUGGCCAGCAUGGAGGAGAAGAUCGCGUACCAGUCCAACGAGAGGGCCCGGGACCUGCAGGAGGCUCUGGAAGCGUGUCAGACGCGCGUCUCUAAGAUGGAGCUGCAGCAGCAGCAGCAGCAGGUGGUUCAGCUGGAGGGCCUGGAGAACGCCACGGCUCGCACACUCAUGGGCAAACUCAUCACCGUGCUGCUGGCCCUCAUGGCCGUGCUGCUGGUCUUCGUCUCCACCGUCGCCAACUGCGUGGUCCCGCUGAUGAAGACGCGCAGCCGCUCCGUGUCCUCGCUGCUGGUCUUCCUGCUGUUCGCCGUGCUCUGGAGGAACUGGGAGGCUUUCUCAGGACACACCUUCCGCCUCCUGCACGUGUCCUGAUGAGCGCACAGAAGAUACGCUGCUCUCAGACUAUUUUGCACAGUUUUUCCCUAUGGAAUGCCUUUGGAGCAUUGCUCUGGAAUGAGAUUAAUAUUAAUAUUACUCAUAUUUCUAAUAUAAUUUUAGUUGAAUGUAGCAUUAGCUCACGCAAAAAUUAAAUUGUCAUCAUUCCUCAGUGUUGUGAGUAAACGCCCGUAUGCUGCUAUUUUUUCAGAUGAACACAAAAGGAGAAAUAUUGAGGUCCUAGUGACUCAGAAUGAUGAUGAACGUGAAUGAAGAGAAAGGGUGACCUGAGCUCCUUCUGUGUUCAGUGGAAGAAGAGCAUCAUGUAUUAGAUGUGAGCGGGAGUGAGGUGAAGCGUUCAGCAGUCUGACUGAAGUGAUGAUUAGAGCUGCUUUCACAGCGUCUGAAGGAAGACUCGAGCCUCUGACAUCAUCCUCUGCUUUCAGUACUCAUCAUUCUCAAGAGGUCAAAGGAUGUUGCUGUUUACUAGCACUACUAGUUUUAAAUGAAGUAUUAAUUUAUUGAAUAUUACACCGCCUUACUGGACCUGUGACAGACAGCAGAGAAAGACAAUAUCAGGAGUAGCUGGGACUGUGUAUUCCUAAUGUCUGUAACAUGAAGGUGCAGUGUUUCUGAUCUGGUGUUUUAGCGUUGUGAUGGAGAGGGCUCUUUUGAUGAUCUGUCGUGAAUGAUGGAUCAGGACUGUUCUUAUGAAUGGAGACGCUUGUGUGUUUGAUCAUAAGCUGGACUCAAGCUGACGAAUCUUCUCACACCUCCACCCGUGUGUCCUUCAGAUCUUAUGAGCUGUUAGCACAGGCGUCUAACUGUACAGUAAUAAUGUUUAAUAGUUCUGUCUGUCAUUUAAUAAUCCUCAGGGGAUGUCCUCUGCUGAAGCUGUAUUGUGUGUGUGUGUGUGUGUGUGUGUGUGAGAGAGAGAGAGAGAGAGAGAGAGAGAGAGAGAGAGAGAGAGAUGUUUUAAACCACUCUAGUGCCUUCAAACACAUCUCUUGAUAUCUUUUGUAAUAAAGUUCAUUUCUGACUAGA